ACAAGUGUUUGCUUUUUUCCGAGUUUACAAGCCUUUGUGGAUAUUUUAUACAGUUCCGCAACAAUGUAACAAAAACAAAACUUCGUGAUAAAGCGAUCACGAUCUAUAUUGCCAGCAGAAUUGAAAACAUUGUGUUAUCAUGCACAAAACUGACGAAUAAAAGAGAUGAUCAGUAUGAUAACAAACAGAAUAUACUGAGACAGAUCGUUUAUCGUUCCUUUGUUCGUACAUUUCUGUUUUCACAACUUCUUUGUGUAUUCAGAGUUGAGUCAAGCGUUAUUUCAAAGUACGUAUUUUUUUCCGAGUUGGAGUAUACUUGCUCAACACUUUGUGGUGCGAGUAGUCCUGAUACUGUUUGCAAUACUUUUUUGGAGGGAUAUGAGCCUCUAUUCUUUUUGCUGUCUGGUUUAUUUGACAAGAUUAGAUUCACAAAGAAUUGUUUAUUCGCUGCUUGGGAUAAGAAUCUAAGCAUGGAGCACUUAGAUGGAAAAUACAUUCUUAAGGAGAUUCUUAGUAUCUAUUCACGUCAUAUGAAAGAGAGAUUAGGACAAAACGUAAAAUGGUUGUAUGGAUAUAUUGGACGGUAUCUCUCCACAAGCUAUUCUGAGAGGCGAGAUGAAAUACUUAAGAAAAUUGAGGAGUUGGAUUAUAACAACUCUGAACAUAUGGAACAACAAGUUUGUGAUCUUUAUAAGUGUGUUAGAGGACAUCUGGAAGAGUU